AUGCUGGUGAUCCGUCAGAAGCCACACAAGUUGUUGACGAAAUUAGGAAUUACUACGAUUGAUGAGCAACCUGUGGUUUAUGGUGAAACUUCUAAUGUGAAUGAUAUCGUUGAAAGAGCAAUAUCUCAUAAGUCCAUAUUUUUGGGAUGGAUGGCGGCGAACAUGUCAUAUCCCUAUGCUCGAAGUCUGACUUAUGCUGAGUUUCCAACCAAGUUUGUUUGGAAGGACGAUUCUUCAAAGUGGUUUUCUCGAAAGAAAGGCUUUGCAAUUGGAAGGUUGACUCAUGUACCUGUAGCAAAUACUGAAGAAUAUUACCAACAACUUCUCUUGAAUACUCAAAGAGGAUGUAUGAGUUUUCGAGAUAUAAGAACAGUAGGAAGAAUAAUUUAUGCUAUGUAUAGAGAUGCAUGCUUCGUCCUUGGACUCUUGCAAGAUGACAAAAAAUUCAUUGAUGCAGUUAAGGAAGCAAGCUCAUGGGCCUCAGGAUCAUAUGUUAGGAGGUUAUUUGUCAUUAUAUUAACAUCCAACAAUAUCUCAAGACCAAAACAUGUCUGGGAUAGAUGUUGGCAUGAACUCUCAGAUGAUAUUUUGUAUCGACAGAGAGCUGUGAUGAACAUGAGGGAGUUAACAAUGUCAGAUGAUGAGAUUAAGCAGUUGUGCUUAAUGGAUAUAGACAAGAUCUUACAUUCCUACGGUGAAACCUUGAAAGACUAUCCUCCUAUGCCUUUAGCAACUGAAGUUGAUAGUUCUUUGGGUGAUAUAGUGUUAAACGUUGCUUCGAGUGGUAUUGCAUCUUUACUUCUUCCCAAUGGAAGAACGGCACACUCAAGGUUCAAAAUACUACUGAAUAUAACUGAGGAUUCUGUAUGUAACAUCAAACCUGGUUCCCCUCAAGCAAUGUUGCUGUUGAAAGCCAAACUUAUAAUUUGGAAUGAGGCUCCAAUGGUUAGUAGGCACUGCUAUGAAGCGCUUGAUAAAUACUUGGGUGAUAUCAUGAGGUGUUCUCCAACAUAUAGCAAAGAUUUUUCCUUUGGAGGAAAAAUGGUUGUACUAGGUGAAGACUUUAGACAAAUUCUUCCUGUCAUUCCACGAGGAUCGAGACAAGAUAUCGUUCAUUUAACCUUGAAUUCAUCUUACCUUUGGAAGUUUUGUCAGGUGCUCAAACUAACAAAAAACAUGAGACUCUCUAUAGGGACGACUACUUCAGAUCAAGAUGAGACAGAACAAUUUGGUGAGUGGUUAUUGAAAGUUGGUGAUGGUCUAAUAGGUGACAAUAUGGAUGGUGAAUCUGAGAUAUGA